UUGAAAGACGGAAGUAACUGCUUUGAAGAAAACGAAUAUUGUUUUCUCCACGGGUUUAAUCAUAAAUUGGUUUAUUUAUCUUUAGCCAAGAUUUUUAAAAAAUGGCAGCUGUGUUUCUAAUUACGUUGUAUGAAUAUUCUCCAUUAUUUUACAUUACUGUCAUAUCGUUAUGUUUCGUUGUUACCGCCGCCAUGGUCCUCGGCUGCAAUUUACAAUGUUCUACACAUUUCUUUACAUCAAAAGGUUUGGUUUCGAUGUCCCAGUGAUUCUCCGCAGCUCUGAUGAGACUGAGUCAGUCUUGCCUGCCCCAGAGAAGAGGAUGGUUCAGGUGACCAACCCCUUUGCCCUAGAGAUGGGGUCCUCUGGGGUGGCCUCUGUGACUGAGGGUGUGUCCCUGCUUCCAUGCUGCCUGGAGCCUUGUGUGCUGAGUUGUUACUGGGGUUGUGGUGUCCAUGCCCUACAGGGGGCGCUACAGACCCACCAACAAGGCCCCAGUAAGCUCGCCACGCCACAUCUGUUCCAGGAAGCUCUGCACUUCCAGUACCACCACUGCCAAAGCUUCCAUAUCAGUGGAGAGGACAGAGAGGAGCAUUAUACCAAGAUGCCAGCCGAUCUGGGGAUCACUGAUUUUGGGCUUUUGCCACGGGAACGCUACCCCGUAGUGGCUGUCCUCACACUGGCCGAAUCUGAAGCAAGGGACACGUACAACAUUGUCGCCAGCGUCACAGUGGUUCACGUUCCAGAUGACAAAUACAGCCUGUCGGCACGGAUCCUGUUUCAAUAUCUCCUCACGGCACAAGGGAACAUGUAUGAGUUGAAGCCACUAUUUAUGUCAGCCGAGAGCAUGGGGUUGUCGGAGGCGACUGACCCCGACCGUAGCACAGAGGCACCACCAGAAACACAGAGAAGAGAACCCAGAAAGGAGGAAAAGAUGCCAGCAAUGGAAGAUGAAGAGGACUGGUCAGAGGAGGGAAAAGGCAAAGAGUGUGUGGUGUGUCAGAAUGCACCUGUUAACCGCGUCCUGCUGCCCUGCAGGCACGCCUGUGUGUGUGACGGCUGUGUCCAUCGCUUCCAACACUGCCCCAUAUGCAGAGCUUUCGUAUUAGAGUCCUUUGCCCUGUUCCAGCGGCCCCAUAUGGAGGAAGAAUGAACUGUAAUGUAGCAGGUCAAUAUUAUCAGUAUUUAUAAUAUGAACGUAGUAAUGUUACUCAUUGGAGUAGUUCUACAGGCUACUGAUAGGAAGGAAUGGUGUCCAAAAAGUGCAUGCCGAUUGCCACGAUGGGUGCUGUUCCAACACAGAUACAUUAGUACAAUUUCAACGGAAUCAAAGUGUUUAUAGAAUGGAUGAUAUGGUUUCACAUUGAGGUGUGUUUUAUUGGACAUUUCCAACUGUUUUAUGGCUGUGAGCAUAUGAACCACAUUUUAUCAUGUUGAGUUUAUCGAGGUGCAAACUACUCCUUGUACUAUUUGUAAAUGUAGAUAUGGAAUGCACACGCACCCUCACACAAGGAUGGCUGUUGCGGAAAGACUGCUACAUGUUUGAUAGUGUCUUGAUGCUGUAUUGUUUGUCCUUCAUGUUCUAAUACUUUAAUGUUACCCCUUCCUUGUGUUUUUUUGUAAUAAAUCAUUUAAAAAAAUUCAAAUGUAGAUAUGGAAAACCUAAUAUUUUUGAUGUGCAAUGUAUAGAGAAUGUAUUGUAUUUGUCAAUAUAUCAUACAGUGAGGUGUUUUUUCUUUAGAGCCUUAAUCGUGGACAGAAGUUAUGAAUUGCAGCUUUAUGAAAAUCACAAAGAAAUCAAACCUGUCAUCACAGCUUCCCCAAGGUUUAAAAGGCAGCAAAAAAAUAAAAUAAAAUUGGACAAUCA